AUGGUCGGAGGAGCGGCGUGCUCGGAUUCCAUGGCGGUGGCCACAUUUUGCCUCUUCUCCCUUCUGAUCUCCCUUCAUCUGCGAGGGUUUGGGGCGGUGGAGGUCGGGGUUUACUGGGGGACCGCGUCCUCCCAGCCGCUCCCCCCGGCGGCGGUGGUGGCGGGGCUGCUUCAGGCUAACAAUAUCAGCCGCGUGAUGCUCCCCGACGCCGAUCCCCUCGUGUUGCAGAGCUUGUCGGGGACCGGCAUUGCGGUGGCGCUGGGGAUCCCGAACGAGAUGCUCGGCGCCCUCAACGCAUCGAGGAAGGCGGCGGAGGGCUGGGUCCACGACAACGUCACCCGCUACGUCUCGGGAAAUGCCGGCGCCGGCGUGGUUCGAAUCGAGUAAGCCAAGCUCCCAUCCCCCUCCCCGGCUUAAUCUCUCAAUUGCCGUCUCUCUCUCUCUGCAUUCCACUAUGAUAUUCAUUGCUUACUUCCGAGCGUGAAACUCUCAUUUCGUGUGCUGUUGUCCGUCAGAAUCCUUGCUCUAUUCUCCUCGGUUCUCUCUCUCUCUCUCUCUAUGAUUGAGAAUUUCUCUGUUUGUCUCCUGGCAUGGGAAAGAGCGGAGUUUCUGAGCAACCCGUUUGCCUUCUCUUUUUCCUGCUCUGUUCCAUUGUUAACUGCUGGACAAUCAUGAACAACUGCUCGUCCUAUUUCCUCGUUCUUUCCUGGUCUUGUCGAGGGAAGGGGAUGCAAGCUUCUCUCUAAAACUAUCAUUUGAAACUAUGCUCUACGACGAGUGUUGAUUAAAACCAAGGUAUUUAUUUCAUAAAAUGCAUCACUCUUCUCUCUAGUUUCCCCGAGGAAUCAUGCCAUUUUUCAGUACAAUGUACUGUGCAUUCCUUUAAAUCGAGGAAUCACUCUUUCAAAUCGAGAGAGCUUAUCAGAGGAUGAGUGUGUGUUGUCGCAUAGGUCAUAAUCAUUGAUGCUGAGCUUCAUGCAACUCAUAUUGUAUGAUUUAUCCUACAUUUAAAAUUAAAAAAAACAUUUUAUAAUUUUUUUCUGAUCCAUAUCCGCGGCGGGCCAUGAUCGUUCAUUAUUCAUUGAUUAACCAGCGGCUUCCUGACAGAAGAUCUUUUUCAGCGUCAUCUUUGAUCAUAUGGUUUGUUCUUGCAAUUAUCAUGUAUCCCGGAGCUAGAUCCUUAUUCAGUACCGUGUUAUAUAGUGUAAGAUAUACAGACGUGGAUGUAACAUGGUUUUAUUAUUAAUAGUAGUAAUAAAAAUAAUGAUAACUAGAAAAAUAUUCGAUCUGGUGUAUGGCAGAAAGUCCUUUUAUUUUCAUGUUGCUGUGCACCUUCUCAUAUGCUUAAUGGAAGAUGAUUUUAUCUCCUGGCGUGUUCAUCAUGGUGACCCACAGCAGGUGAGGUUCAUCCUAGACGCCAUCUGGGGAUAAGGCUGGAAUAUAUUGAUUUAUGGGCUGAGCUCAGGUGAUGAUCAGCUGAAUCAGUCGAUUUCAGCUGAAAAUAAUUCUGGCACAAAUAAUCAUUCGUUUUCUUUUUUUAUGCUGAUUUUAAUGGCUCAUUGUAUGGUUUGACUUUUUAUAACGUGAUGGUUGUGAUGGCAUUUUCUUGUGUUAAAAUGGGAUAGAUUUUCCCUCCCUGCUUUUCCCAUUUUAGAGGGCGGCGGAAGUCAACGACUUCUGAGUAAUCUUUGUGGUCAAGGAGUCUGACUGUAUGCGUGGACUUGUUUGUCAUUGACCCGCAUUGUGUGAUCUGCAGGUACGUCGCCAUAGGGGACGAACCAUUCCUCCUGAGGCACGGAGAUAAGUACGGUCCUUUUGUGCAAGGCGCCGCCACCAACAUCCGCCUGGCUCUGGCGGCGGUGCCGCUGGCGAGCAGGGUGAAGGUCGUUGUCCCCUGCGGCACGGAUGUCUUCGUCGCCAACUCGAGCCUCCCCUCGAGCGGCCGCUUCCGUGCUGACCUCAAUAGGACAAUGGGUCAACUCCUCCCCUUCCUCAAGGACCAGGGAUCGCCGUUCGUGGUCAACAUAUAUCCCUUCUUCAUCCUCCAGCAGAAUCGGAACUUUACCACGGAGAUGGCGCUCUUCCAGCCGGUUCCUCGUCCACUGAGGGAUGGCCGUAGCGAGUACAGCAGCCUCUUCGCUGCCGCCAUUGACACCCUCGUCUCGUCCCUGUCGGCGGCGGGCUCUGGUGCGAUGGAGGUGGUCGUCGGCAAGAUUGGGUGGCCCACCGACGGAGCGGUGGCGGCGACAGUCCCCAACGCCCAGAUCUUCAUGACAGGCCUGCUGCAGCACCUGCAGGGCGGUGGUGGAACCCCGCUGAGGCCCAAGCGGCCGCCGGCGACGGUGUACCUCUUCAGCCUCCUGGACGAGGACCUCGCCGGCGGCGGCAGCGGCAGCGUGGAGAGACACUUUGGCGUCUUCACCUUCGACGGGCAGGCCAAGUACAGCGUCGACCUCGGCCAGGGACCGAGGGCCCUCGACGGAGCAAAGGGAGUGGACUACCUCCCUUCGCGGUGGUGCGUGGUGGACAACAACAAGGACCUGAGCAACGUUUCCACCGCGGCUGCGGCGGCGUGCUCCACCGCUGCGGCGGACUGCAGCACCCUCGCCGCCGGCGGCUCCUGCGGGAACCUCAGCUGGCCGGGGAACGUCUCAUACGCCUUCAACAGCUACUACCAGCGGAGCGGGCAGAGCCCCGAGAGCUGCGACUUCGGCGGCAUGGGGCUGAUCACCACCGUCGAUCCUUCGGCCGGCGAGUGCAGGUUCGCCGUGGGGAUACGAGCGUCGUCUUCCUUCCCGGCGGCGCUGCUCUUCCCCUGGUGGAGUCUGCUAAUGACGGCCCCUCUUCUCCUCCUCCACUAG